CCAGUUUUUAUGUAAGUGAUUGAACUAUCAAGAAUUCUAACAAACAGUUAAGUUUGGGCCGACUUUCUACAAAAAAAUAGCUGGAUGAGUAUUCUUCCAUGAGCUAGCAGGAUAUUUCACAGCAGGAGGUUAAGCCUGUAGUACAGUGAUAGAAAUUGUAAUAUGUGGUGUUUUUGUCUUUGCUGUUUAGAUUAAUUCAAGAUUUCUGUUCUCUCUUUCUUCCCUCACGUCUAGCAAAACUGUACAAUCUAAAGUGGACUGCAUUUUGCAAGAAGUUGAGAAGUUUACAGACCUAGAGAAACUCUACCUCUACCUUCAGCUGCCUUCGGGUCCCAGCAAUGGAGACAAAAGUGAUCAGAUCUCCAUGUCAUCCAGCCGUGCCCAGCAGAUGCACGCCUUCUCGUGGAUACGGAACACCUUGGAAGAGCACCCCGAGACAUCCCUUCCCAAGCAGGAGGUUUAUGAUGAAUACAAGAGCUAUUGUGACAAUCUUGGCUACCACCCAUUAAGUGCUGCUGACUUUGGAAAGAUCAUGAAAAAUGUCUUUCCAAAUAUGAAGGCCCGUCGUCUAGGCACAAGAGGCAAAUCAAAAUAUUGCUACAGUGGACUGAGGAAGAAGGCUUUUGUGCAUAUGCCAACACUGCCCAACCUUGACUUUCACAAAACAGGAGAUGGGUUGGAUGGGGCAGAGCCAUCUGGGCAGCUACAAAGUGCUGAUGAGGAAGUCGUCUCUGCGGCCUGCCGGCUUGUUUGUGAAUGGGCCCAGAAAGUGCUGAGCCAGCCUUUUGAUACAGUCCUGGAACUGGCUCGUUUCCUUGUGAAAAGUCACUGUAUCGGUACCAAGUCAAUGGCAGCUUUAACAGUAAUGGCAGGAGCACCAGCAGGAAUAAAAGGGAUCCCCCAGCCCUCAGCUUUUAUACCUACUGCUGAAAGUAAUUCCUUUCAACCGCAAAUGAAAACUCUGCCAUCUCCUGUUGAUGCCAAGCAGCAGCUGCAGCGCAAGAUCCAGAAGAAGCAGCAAGAACAGAAACUGCAGUCUCCUUUGCCAGGAGAGUCUCCAGCAAAGAAAACAGAAGGCACUGCAACCAAUGGCGUGACCAGUAUAUCUAAUGGAAGUCCUGCCAUUCUGUCUCCUCCGCCUAUUGGCAUUGUUGUGGCAGCUGUCCCCAGCCCAAUACCGGUGCCAAGGACCAGGCAGUUGGUGACAUCCCCAAGUCCUAUGGGAUCGUCUGAUAGCAAGGUCCUGCCGCUCAACGUUCAGGUGGUCACUCAGCACAUGCAAUCAGUCAAGCAGCCACCAAAGACUCCCCAGAACGUUCCCGCCAGCCCAGUUGGUGACCGCUCUGCCCGGCAUCGCUACCCACAGAUCUUACCGAAACCAGCAAACACCAGUGCUCUCACCAUCCGCUCUCCCACAACGGUGCUCUUCACCAGUAGCCCAAUCAAGACUGUUGUGCCAGCUCCACAUGUGAAUUCCUUGAAUGUGGUAAAAAUGACAGCAAUAUCUCUUGCCCCAAGCAGCAGUAGUGUGCCCGUCAAACAGACGCCUUCAGGUAGCAGUAAUGCAGGAGCAGCAGAAGAAGGGAGGACUGGUCCACAGAUCAAAAGCGGAUCUGUUGUUUCACUUCAGUCUCCAGGAUCUAAGCCUAGCACUGUUGUAGCUGCACCUGCGGUCAAGGUCAAAAUGGAACCUGAAGCAUUGCUGGAUGAGAACUCAGUACAUGGCCAAGAGAGCUCUGAUGUGUCUAAAUCCAUAAAGGCAACCCCUGACCUGCCUCCUGCUCAACUAAUCAAUUUUGAGGUUGCAACCUUGAAGGUUUCAGCUGAUGAUGUUGUGGAGACAAAACCAGAUAAGGGCUGUGAUCAGGGAGCUGAAGAAGCAGGGACCAAAUAUAAAACACAGUCUGAUGAGAUCACACCAGUUUCUUCAGCAGGCAAUAAUCAAAGCACUAUAAAGGUCUCAGCUGCCAGUCAGAACUUGCCCAGCACCAGCAUCGGUUCACCUCCUACUGGUGAGUCUACAAUGAAAGACAAAACAUGCACUAAAAGUCCGAGAAAGCGACAACCUUCUACACUUCAGGAUUCCCAGUUACCACCUGUAAAGAAACCACUGGUGGAGCAGCUUUCAGCUGGUAAUGCUGUGGAGAGUCAAAAAGCAAACAGUGUUAAGAAGUCUCCGAAGGCUGGAUCAUUAGCCAGCAGUGACAAUACAGCAACACUUGCUCAAGUUCCCAGCAGCAUACCUGUGAAGGUACCUUUACCUUCUGCUGCUGCAAACUUAACAACAGACUUUUCUUUGAGCACCAAUUUAAAUACCAGUGAUUCUUCUUUAGUACAGCAGCUUGCAUCAGCAGCAUCUCCAGAGAUAAAAGUAAAAUUGGAAGGAAACUUAUUUAUCAUAGAAAAUGAUUCAAAAUCUGAUGACAGCUUUAACCCAAGUACGUGGCACCAUAUCACCAAAACCUCCGACUUUGCAUCUGUGAAUUGUGAACAGCAGCAAGACAUCAGUGUUAUGACCAUUGCAGGGCACUCUGGCUCUAGUGACUUACAGGAAUCAGCAUGGGAGCCAGUGGACUGUGAAGGAAUGCAGCAGGAUGUGUACAACCAGCAGUUACAGAGCCAGAUUCAGGACUCCUCCUUGGGUCAAAUACAAGCACAGCCUUCAAAUCAGUUACCUCUGCAGUCGGAGCUGAAAGAGUUUGAGCAUACAGUCCCACAGUCAAAUGACAACUUCUUUUCAUUUGAUGAUGACCUUACCCAGGACAGCAUUGUGGAGGAGCUGGUGCUCAUGGAGGAGCAGAUGUCCAUGAAUAAUUCCCAUCCUUACGGUGGCUGUCUAGGAAUGGCGCUUCAGAGUCAGACUGCCGCUCAAGGAGCUCCCGUGUCAUCUCAUCCAAGCAGCACGCACUUCUAUCAUUCAAUCCAUAACAACAGCACGCCGAUUCACACUCCUACCCCCACACCGACCCCGACUCCCACCCCAACCCCGACUCCAACACCCACCUCUGAAAUGAUCGCUGGGUCUCAGAACAUGUCCCGAGAGAGCCCCUGUUCGAGGCUGGCUCAGACGACUCCUGUAGACAGUGCUCUAGGAAGCAGCCGGCAUACGCCCAUUGGCACGCCGCAUUCCAACUGCAGCAGUAGCGUUCCUCCAAGUCCUGUGGAAUGCAGAAACCCGUUUGCAUUUACUCCCAUCAGCUCCAGUAUGGCUUAUCACGAUGCCAGCAUUAUAUCAAGUAGCCCUGUGAAGCCAAUGCAGCGGCCUAUGGCUACCCAUCCUGACAAAACCAAGCUUGAGUGGAUGAAUAAUGGCUACAGUGGCGUUAGCAACUCAUCGGUUGCAAACCACGGCAUCCUUACGAGCUAUCAGGAGCUGGUGGAAGAUCGUUUCAGGAAACCUCAUGCUUUUGCUGUUCCUGGCCAGUCAUACCAGUCCCAGCCGCGCCACCACGAUCCUCACUUUGGCCGGGUGACUCCUGUUUCCCCUGUGCAGCACCAGGCAGCUCCUGUCAGCAGUACCACCAAGCAAGAGGGCUUUGCUGUUCCUGCUCCUUUGGACAGCAAAGGAACCGGUUCCUCUCUCAACAACAGUCUGAGAUGCCGGAGCGUGAGCCCUGCUGUCCAUCGCCAGCGGAAUCUCAGUGGAAGCACUGUUUACCCUGUUUCAAAUAUACCACGCUCUAACCUGACACCUUUUGGAAGUCCAGUGACUCCUGAAGUUCACAAUGUAUUUGCUAAUAUCCAUGCAGACACCAGUGCCAAUAACAUAGCACAAAGAAGCCAGUCAGUCCCAUUGACUGUGAUGAUGCAGACGGCCUUCCCGUCUCUUCAGAAACAAACAAACACUAAAAAAAUAACCAAUGUGUUGUUAAACAAACUUGAUUCUGAUAGUGAUGAUGCAGUGAGAGGUUUGGGAAUGAACAACAUGCCCUCAAAUUACACGGCCAGGAUGAAUCUCACUCAGAUUUUAGAGACAUCCGCCGCUUUCCCUAGUGCCAACCCGCAAAAUAUGAUCAGUUCUAGCACUUCGGUUUAUGAAUUCCAAACACCGAAUUACCUCACAAAAAACAGCAGCACCGAUCAGAUCAGUUUUUCUUCCGGAGAUAACCAAGCACAAUCAGACAUCGGAGAGCAGCAGUUAGAUUUUAGCAGUGCUGUAAAAGACAUUUUAGGGGAGGACAGUCUGCCAACAAACCAGCAGCUGGUGAAUCAGGUGGCAUCAGAUCUCAAUAACGUUGCAUCUGUCUUUUCCAGCGACAUCAGGUUGUCUUCCGAGCUCUCAGGCAGCAUUAACGAUCUGAAUACUUUAGACACAAAUCUCCUGUUUGAUCCAGGUCGUCAGCAGGGACAAGACGAUGAUGCUACACUGGAGGAAUUAAAAAAUGACCCAUUGUUUCAACAAAUCUGCAAUGAAUCCAUUAACUCAAUGACUGCAUCAGGUUUUGAGUGGAUGGAGAGCAAGGAUCACCCUGCUGUUGAAAUGUUGGGUUAAUCUUGUUUUAUAAUAUGUAUGUAGCACACUGUAUCUAAGAGACAGACGUAUUGUAUUUGUCUUAAUGGAAGUGCCUCCUGCAGCAGAAACACCUGCUAUGUAUUGUGGCAUUUUUAAACAAGUUUGCUGUACCUGUUGCUCAUUCUUCAGCAGGGAAAAGGCAGUCUUACCAAUUUUGAACCAGUCUCUGAAGGUGAUGGGCUGUCAAGGAGCCUGUGUUAAAACUGGAGUUUUAUAGUGUUUCCCAUUCAACAUUUCUUACUGUAGCAAAUAAAGAAGCAGUUGAUAGCCAGCCAGCAAUGGCAGCUGUGGUUGAGGCUUUGGGAAGAUUGGAAGUCAGUAGGCUUGCCAGACUUUGCAUUGCUUGUUACUUAUUAGUAGAUGAUCCUUACUGACCGUUGUCUUUCAGGUUUGAAAUGCAGUGUGCCUGCAGAUAGGUAGGUGGAGGGGGUGGGUACAAGUGAACCAGGUGACUGACAUGCAGGUGCCUGAUCAUUGUGUAGCUGUCUUGAGCACUGCUCAGUGGUGAACUGUGGGCAAUCUCUGUAGCACUGGUGCCAUUGGCAUCGCUGGUAAAACACAGAGAUGGGGAAAAACUAAUAGGAACGAUCAAGGAAAAAGAUGCACUAAAUUUUUUAUUUAAGAGAAAUAAAUCUAUGUAGUUAUUUUAUCCAUUAAUAUUCAUGACAUACUUGAUAUUUUAGUUAUCGCUUCAGUGUUUUUAUAUUAGGUAAAAUUCCUGAGAAAAGAUUUUGAGCACUGAGAUUUAAUCUAGGUAUAACACCCUAUUUUAAAGUGAUAGGUACUGUUUAAUUAUUUAUCAAUGCUAGAUAAGGAACGUGAUACUUUCCCUCCUUUUUUUAAAGAAGAAGAGCUGCUGGAGCUCAUUAAAAUACUAUUUUUAAAGAUGCGUUGGUUCAGUUUGCUCUUUCCUAACCUGGUGGAGGCUGUAGGGGGAUGAUCUUUUCUCUGUCUUUUGGUAGGUUGAGCCUUUCUGGUUUUCUUGCUCUCUUUUUUUUUUAAACAAAAGAUUAUUAAAAUAUUAGAAAAUGUGGUUGAUCUAAAAAUAUUUCAUACAGAGCCAUAAUAUUGUCAGGCACUUUACAGACACACAGGAAGAAAUGAUCUUGCUUUUAAAAGUACUCACUGGUUUAGAAGCCUGAGUUCCAUUUUCAUAAAUGACUUGACAGGACUGGCGGAUCUCAUUUUUGUUUGAAGGUUGUUUGUUUACAGGUCCUUCCCGGACCCUCUGGAAAAUGAGAUUUAGACUUCUGAUGGACUAGUUCACCUGCAACAAACAAAAGACCUUUUGUUUUUCCAGCAUGGCAUUGGUCUCUGUAGUGGUCUCAAGAGACAGGUACUUAACUGGCCAUGGCCCUGAUGCUAGGAGGAGGACUUGCAGAGGCAAGCUUUUACAAAAAAGAUGGUGCUCUUAAGGGAUGCCAUCCCUUAAGCUUAGAAUAAAAUUGAUUUUCUCUCCUGUGAACUAACAUGUUAAACAGAAAGCAGAGCAGAAACAUUUUCCUCUUUUGCAUCACUUCUUUGAAUAAGUGAUCAUGGAUUUAUGAAGGGGGAGGCACUAUGAGCCCCCCUGGAUUUAUUUAAGGGGAAGAUGCUCAGAUUUUUCAGGUGAUCAGUGUUUUUUUAAGUGUCCUGGUGGUUUUUCUGUUCCUUCACUUUUUGCUGAUGACUUGAGUACUGGUCCAUUUUUUGGCGGUGCUGAUUCAACUUGUGCAGCUGCACUGGCACUUGCAGUGCUGGUGUACCAUGGCUUCUCUUGCUCUUGCCUCAAUCACCAGUCUAUGGCCUCUUCUGCAGGGACAAACAGUUGUGCCAAGCUGUAGCACCUUACGGGGCCUGAUUUCACUGUGCUUGCAUCUCAAGUUUAGCCGCUUUGUCAAGAACAAACUUGGAGAGUUCAGUACUCUCCUUGAAGCAUGUGGAUGUGUGAGUGUGGUUUGCUUUGUUUAAGACCAAGUUUUAAGUUUUAUUAAGGAAAUGGGGCAGAGACUAAAACCUGUAUGGUACCCUUCUGCUUGUUACCUUGCCAGGUGUCUGCCAGUAAGGCUUGAACCAUUUUUCUUGGAGACUAAAGUUGCUGAAGGCAGGGCUUGAGUUCUGGACCUGCCCGUGGCCUUUUGCCAGAGAUGUGCUGAACAUCCUCUUACCUUUGCUUUGUUUGGGUCGUUUUCCCUGACCCUGUGGGAAGUGUCAGCACUACUGUGAAUAGGCAAACCUACCUUCUGAUGGAGAGCGGCACGAGAAGCUGUGAGUGCCGACGCGGCAGCAACCCAUGUGUCUGCAUGAGCUGCUGGGCUGGCCUCACCUUUGGAUCGCUGAUACCGAGACUGAGGUGGGCUUGGGGGACACAAGUUUUUGCCCAGCUCUGCUACAGUAUUUUAAGAGCCUUUCUCAGAACAGUAGGAGCAGAUUUAAAGCUGAUGCGGUCAAAUUAUGCAGCCGUCACCAAAGGUUUUUAGAAGUGCGUUUGAAAUUAUUGUUAAGUAUAAGCAUUACAUUGGGCCUAAUGUGAUUUAAUUAGAGAAAAUACUCUAUAACCAGUGGAUUUGAAGCAAAUAUAUGUUUAAUUUAAGAAAUGUUCAAUUUGAACAAGGAUUGUUUCAAGUAAAAUCCAAGGCACAGCUUUGUACAUCGAUGUGUAUUAUUUUAGAGGUGUUUGUGUUGGUGUUACAAUUGAUAAUGUUAGGUCCCUGUACUUAGUGCUAGUUAGUUCUUUACAAUACAUUGAGACAGAGCACUACUGCACACCAAAGUAUGCAAUACCCAAAGGAAAAAAUCUGUGAUUCUAACAAAUGGAAGCCUGUCUUGUCAGACACUCCAAAACUAAAAAUUUGAGACAGUUCUGACCCCUUGUUUACAUUAUUGGCUUCCUCCUAACAUGAGAAAUGAAUUAUUUUGAUAGCAGGUUUUGCUAAAUUAUAAAAAACCUAGUGAAUUUGUACCCUGUGUACAGUAUUGCAGCAAACACUUUAAAUUGGGUUGGUUGGUUAGUCCAGCAAACUUUCUGGGUUCAUAUAUUGCACUAAAACUCUGUUGAACCUGUGGCAGGCACAUUCCUUAGGAUAAAUGCAACAAAUACGGCCCACAGAUUAAAGUAAAAAAAAAAAGGCAAAACAGAAAUAAAAAUGUUUUUAAUGUGUUUCAUUAUUAAAAGGCAAAAUGUCAUUAAAAGUGACAGGUGAAAUUGUCUUAUGUAGCAAUGUGCAUUGAUCUCAAUGAGAUAUUUCUAUUAUUCUCUUACAUGAGAAUAUUACAGCAGGAAAAAUUAAGUUUAGUUUGCUUCACCAUGUUAAUACAUGAUCACAAAACGUGCAUGAGUGUUAAUGACUUAAUCUUGUACAGUACUAGAUAUAUUCCUGUAACCACUUUUAUUUUUGUUAUUCUUUUGCUGUAUUGAACUGGUUCAGUGUUAACCAGGUGAGCAUAGUUAUUCACAAGUUAUUUACUUUUUUAUGUUAACUAAUUCAGCUUAGUUCUUGUUGAAUAUGUUCCUUUCUUGGAUUAUUUUUUAUUGUUCUGGUGUUGAAAAAAAAAACAUUUUUGCAUCAUUUUAUCAUGAUAAGAAUUCAUGAAGUAAAUAAUUUGCAAAUAAUUGCAAUAAGCACUGACUUCUGAACUGAAAAGAAGGAAAGCGUUUCUUGUGCAGUGCAUCUGAGGUUCAUAUAAUAGUCUUGUACUAUACUGUGCUUUAUUUACUGCACCAUAAGGAAACUAAAAUCCCUGUUCCACGUUUUCAUUUAGUGCAGGAAAUCCAGUUUCUCCCCUCUUCCCCAGUGUUUUAUUGUCUGUUGUACUGCUGAAACUACAGUAGUUGAAUAUUGCAGUAGCAUUUCAGUUAUUUUUUUUAUUGAAAGUGCUCAAAAAUUGUUUUUUAAAUGUUUUCAAAAACAAUAAAAACAUUUUAUAUUAAAAUGA